GUCAAUUGUAAAUUAGCCUCAAAAAAACAUAUAAAACAGGGUACACAACAAUACAAGUCCAAUCACAUUUUCGUCUACAACAUUGUUUAGAACACAUACUACUCAUAUUACUCAUUCACUCAUAAUACAUUCCAUUGCUCAAUGGCUGAAGAAGUGCGCAGUGGACGGCUCGAUGUCGUGAUAUUUGGUGCCAGCGGAUUCACUGGCAAACACACCGUAUACGAGGCGAUCUCCGUGCUGGAAGGUCUGCGCUGGGGCAUCGCCGGGCGCAAUCGCGAGAAGCUGGAGGAGGUGCUUGACGAAAUGGGCAUCAAGGCCGGGCAGGACCUAUCGCAGAUACCCAUCAUCAUUGCCGAUGUUAGCGAUGACAAUUCAGUGCUGCGAAUGGCCAUGUCCGCUCGCAUCGUUGUCAAUACGGUGGGCCCGUUCCGGCUCUAUGGCGAGGCGGUGAUUCGUGGCUGCCUCGCGGGCGGUGCUCAUCUGGUAGACGUCAGCGGGGAGCCGCAGUACAUCGAGUCGAUGCAGCUGAAGUACCACGACUUUGCCAAACUCUGCGAUAUAUACGUGAUAAGUGCUUGUGGCUGUAAUUCCAUUCCAGCGGACAUGGGCGUCGUAUUCGCCGAGCAGCAUUUCGAUGGCACGAUCAAUUCGGUGGAGACAUUUUUCGUGCACGGCCUUAGGGGGUGCAAGGGCAACACGAAUGCCGGUAGAGCUGGCCUCAACUAUGGCACCUGGGUGAGCGCUGUGAACAGCUUGGCGCAUUCCGAUCAGCUGAAGGCUCUGCGGGAGCACAACUUCGUCGAGCCCCUGCCCCCGUUCUACCCAAUUAUGAGACCUCGUCCCUUAAUCUUCCGCUCACCGGAGACUAAUCAGGUGUGUCUACCAUAUAUAGGCGCGGAUCGUUCGGUGGUCAGGCGCUCGCAAGAAUAUUUCUACGACUAUCAAAGGAAACGACCCGUUCAAUUCUUCUCCUACAUUGGUUUCCCCUCCUGGCUAAUUGCCAUUGCCGUUGCCCUCUUUGGCAUUAUUUUCAUGAUCCUUACCAAGUUCAAGUUGGGCAGGAAGCUGCUACUCAAGUAUCCGGAAUUCUUCUCGGCCGGCUACGUAUCGCGCAAUGGACCAACCGAAGCUUACAUGGAGCGCAGCUAUUUCAAGCUGAUACUGAAAGCGACGGGCUGGCCCAGCGACUGCACCAAUCCGGACAACGAGCUGCCCUGCAAGACCCAAAUGUUUAGUGUCUCUGGCCCGAAUCCUGCCUAUGGCAGCACCUGUGUGGGCCUACUCGCUGCAGCGGUCACCCUACUCAGGCAAAGCCACAAAAUGCCUGGCACUGGUGGCGUACUGACACCUGCCAUGGCCUUCGCCAGGACAGACCUGAUCAGUGAGCUCGAGAAGCACGAACAUGGCAUGAAAUUUGAGAUUCUUCAUGACGAGAUCAAGUUUGAUUAAAAUUAUUGAAUAAUUCGGAAUGUUUGCAUUAGAAAAAACGGAAAAAUAUUUCCAGAAUUCAGAAUCAAUUACUUAAAAAAAAAAAAAGAAAGAAAAUAUUUCCAGCAUUGUAAGAAUUGCAUAGUCAAUUAAAAUUAAGCAUUUACUAAAAAGUA